ACGCUGUAUUUGAUUGAUGACAUCUUAAGGUCUAUUCUGCAAGUUGCCGUGGCAAAGAUUUUGAAAUUUGAUUUUCCUUCUCGUUUUCCUAAUUUUGUUGACCAACUUACGGGCUACCUUGAUUCUAUGGACUUUCGGGAAUUUCAUGGAGCUCUCCUCUGUUUACAUGGUCUAGCUCAGGCUUAUGAGCACAAAACCAAUGAUAAAGGUCCACUUCCCCAAACAAUGAACACCCUCCUCCCUCUCCUUCACCAUCGAAUGAAUGCUUUGGUCUCAGAUUCUUCUGAUGAAUCUCUUACGCUCCAAAAGCUCAUUCUUAAGAUCUUUUACCGAUAUACUGACUACUACUUGCCAACGUCUUCGAUUAAUGAGGAGUGGGUAACUCAAUGGCAUCUUUUAAUCUGUUCCCUUCUCGAAAGUUUUAAUUGUUCGGAUGACGAUGCGACCAGUGUUUACUGGAAACGUCAAAAGUGGGCUGCGCGCAUUCUCUACUGUUGGUUUACCUCCUACGGAAGUCCUGGCAAUGUUCAGAAAAAAUAUGCUUCUUUUGCAGAUUGGUAUCUGAAAAGCUUCUCAAAUCAGAUUCUCACUACUUUUCUCAAAAUCUGUGAUGCCUAUCGGCAACAGACUUUCAUCUCGCCAGUUGUCUUGGCUGAAACACUUUCCUACCUAUCCGCUGCGCUAACCCAUGCACUAUGUUGGAAAAUCAUUCGGCCGUACUUUGACACCCUUCUACAGGAUGUCAUCGUCCCUCUCCUUUCUUUUACAAAGGAGCUUGCCGAAUUGUGGGAGGAUGAUCCUCUGGAGUAUAUCCGUUACAAUACUUCUAUGUAUAUGUCAGUCGAUAGUCCUUCUGAUGCAGCGGCUUCAUUUAUCAAGGAGGCCUGUUUAAAACGCAAGGGCAUUUUAGACAAGGCGAUGCAGUAUUGCACCCAGGUGCUUAAUCACGAUUUCAAGCCUGAAGUCAAGGACGGUGCAUUGCAUCUUAUUGGAACAGUUUGCAACAUCCUUCUCAAAGACAAAGUGUAUAAGGAACAACUGGAAAACUUCUUGGCUGCUCAUGUGCUGUCACUAUUUGAAGCGCCAGAGGGCUAUAGAAGAGCUAGAGCCUGCUGGCUGGUGGGAAAGUUGUCGCGCGUCCAGUUCAGUAAUGUGGAUAUUCUGUGUCAGAUUGCCAUGGUCUGUCGUCAUCUCAUGUGCUCGGACUCUAACCUCCCGGUUAGGGUCGCCGCAGCUACCACCAUCUUUUCUCUAAUUAAAGAUCAGAAAGAAGUUGAGAAAACAAUGAGUUUACACCUCCCAGAGCUCGUUAUGCGUGAGUUGAAACUCAUUUCCUUUAAAGCUAAGUUCUUAUUCUGCCGUUUCUUGAUUUGGUUGAAUGCCUCCUUACUAGAAUUGCUUAAGCUUCUUCGUGAGACGGAAUUCGAUGAUCUGAAUUCUGUUCUUCGUGAGGUACUGGUCUACUCUGAUGAACUCCAACCCAUAUCGGUUCAAAUGCUGCAGCAUUUGUCUGGAACUUUCGUGAAGCUGGUUGGGGUACAAGAGAACGGUGUUGGAUUGGUAUCCAGUGGCGAUAGUGAAAGGGAUGGUGAAUUCAAAUUCGACGAGGCAAAAGAGUACCAAUCCUUAGUGGCUACAGGUGUUAUGGAAAACAUUGAAACUCUCGUCUCGGUUAUGGAGGACAACGCGGACUUGGUAGCCAAUUCAGAGAGCGUGAUAGUGCAGCUGGUACAAGUUAUUCUCAAGAAUGAAAUUGCCGAUUUCUACGAUGAGGCCUUCUCUUUGAUCUGUUCUAUUACGCACACACACAUCUCUCCACUUCUCUGGACCGUGUACGAUUGGCUAUAUCAGGCCUUUUUAAGCGAUGCCAACGAUUGCUUCGUGUCCAUGGCGCCUUCUUUACACAAUUACAUAACAGUUGAUCCGAAGGGCUUUGUUGCAUCCCCCGAUCGUGUGAAGAUUUUCAUAUCAAUGUGUUCGCAAGCACUUCGCACUGAGGAGGAACAAGCCAAUGAGGGUGUCCACGCCGCAAAGCUGUUAGAAGUUUUUGUUCUCAAUUUCCGCGGUCAGUUGGACAACUUCAUUCCUGAGGUCAUUGAACCAGCGAUUGCUCGCCUAACACAAAAAUCUACCAUCAUCGAACUUCGCGUCAGGUGUCUUCUGGUUGUCAUAGCAGCAAUCAUAACUUCAUCUCCAAUAGUACUGCCUAUCCUCUGCAGUCACGUGUGGCCGGAGACUCAAACGCCAAUCAUCGAAAGCGUUCUCAAAAUGUGGAUUGACAAUAUCCAGAAAUUUAAUGGUUUGCAUGAUCGGCGUGUAUGCGUGUUUGGUAUGUGCACUCUCCUUUCGUUGAGUGCUGAGCAGAGACCUCCAGCUGUCGAUGCUAUGGCGGCUCAGUACCUUCCAUCACUCCUCCACGUUCUCACUAGUCUCAAGGAUGCGUAUGCCGCUAAAAGAGAAACAGAGAAAGAAGAGGAAAGUGAUUCUGAUGACGAUGGUCUGGAUGUCGACGAUGAUGCUGAUGGUGACGUGGCAGUUGACAGUGAUACAGAUGUGAUUGAUGAGGAGGGAACUCGAUAUCUUGAGCUUCUAGAAGCAGUUGAAGCAGAGAUAGGGGAUUCGGACGACGAUGCUGAUGAUGACGAUGACGACGACGAUGAUGAUUUUGAGGCGGCCUCAGUAAUUGAGUCCUUCGAAACUGAACUUGACAAGGAGGAGAAUGAAAUGGAUGAGUAUGUAACCUUUUAUCAGUUGAUGACGCAAAUGGAGACGGGUGAUGCUGUCUGGUACCAACGUCUCGUCAGUCCUCUUUCUGACUCACAGAAGGCUGAGUUCAAGGAAAUUGCUAAGACUGCUGUUAAUUGCAUUGCUCAGAAAGAGUCGAAGCGAAUUGAGAAGGCCGGUGGCUACAAUUUUCAGCACACAGAUGUUCCAAGUAGCUUUAACUUUUCAGGUGAUCAACCACCCCAUUAA